ACAUGAUUUAUGUUGUGAUUAUUUUCCAUUUAACUAAUAAUUUUGAAGUGCAUAUAUACUCUUUUACUACUUCUGCCUAUUCUGAAUACUGAAAUACAUACUUUGCAAUCAAACUUUACUACAUAGCAUGCAUGACAUAACCAUAGGAAGUUAGCAAGAUGACAUGUCUUUGAUCGAGAAGGAUACUGCAGUUUCAGAACAGAAAACUGAAGAGGAGAGCAAACAGUUGACCUUGGAACUGUGUGACAAAGCUGUCGAGUUUCUACCAGGCGGCUUGAAGAAAUUCCAAGGUGGAUCGAUCCAGCCUGCUGAAACUGAUGAAUAUUCAGCUAAAGCAGAAAACAUGGAAGUAGCCAGUAAUAAUGGGGUUGAAGCCAUGAAUACAGUCUCUGAAGGCAAUCCUGAAAUCUCUAAGGGUGAAGGUUUUUUAAUAUCACCUGAGAUUUCCACGGUUGCCAAUGAGACCUGUGGAAUGUCAGGGCACAGGGAGGUUGAUGACACUGCAUUUAAAGCAGAGAAGAUACCAGAGGAUGAAGAAAAGAUGGUGGUUGACAAAAAGAUUCAGCUUGACGAAGUGGCAGGAACUGUGGAUGAAGUGAAGGAAGCAACAGAAGACAGAAUGGAAAAGGGUGACAUAGUUCAUGGCAUUGAUGAGUUGAACCUCGAUGUUGUAGGAGAGAAAAGAGUGGAGGAGGUUGAGGUAAUUGCUGACCGAGAUUCUUCAGUGGAAGAGACAUGUGGGAGCUUGGAAGAAGAAACAAAUUACUCACAAGAAAAUGAAGGAUCAAGGACAGAUGAAAAUGCUGAUAUUGAGUCCAGCACCAAGUUAGAGCUCAAGAAACAAGCUUCAAUUGACACUCCUGAUCCAAUAAUUGACAGCUUGAAGGAGGUUAAUGAGCCAGUUACUGAGGCCAAUAACUCCAAUCUUGUUAAAGAAGUCAAAGACACCGAACCAGAGAAGCAGCCUGCCAUAGUGGGAAAGGAUCAAAUAAUUUCUGAUAGCGUUGGAGACACCUUACCCUCAACAGUAGCAGAAAGUUCAGAGAUCAAGGAACAUGAAACAACCUCAACAGUAGCAGAAAUUGAGGAUGUAGCUUGCGUGCAUGAACCUGCAUCAGAAGUGGAUGAGAAACUUGAAGAGGUCUCCAGUAUCAUAAUCAAAGACAAAAGCCAAGCUACAAUAGAAUCACGUGAGGAGAUCAAAUGCAUCACUGGAGAAAAUGAUGGCAUACAAGAUAAGAAUGCGUUAAAUACUUCUGUCAUGAAAACAGAAGAGCUAUGUUCGCAAGAAGUAGACAAUCAGGUCACGUGCAACUUAGGCUCUGAUAUUGGGACAGAGAAUACUGUUGAGAGUCCAACAGAAGAAAGUGGACAAAGUGAAAUCACUGAGAAAACUGACCAAGAUUCAGGCAUGUCGAGUAAUUUAUGUAAAGAUUAUUCAAAUUCUGAAUCAGAAAAUGUUGGGGUGGACGUGAAAGUUGUGCAGGCCACAGACAAAGAGCCGGCGAUGACAGAGGCCUCAGAUGAACUGAAAAGGGAAGAGGAUUCUACUGUUCCAAUGCCUGGAGGAGAUAAUAGUGAAGUAGAAAAUGUUGAUUUUGUACAGCAGAGUCAGGAGGGAAAAUCAGAGAAGGAAAAUGCAGAAACAAGCACAAGCAUCAAAGAAGUGACAUCUGUCAAAGAUCAUGAAGAAAGACUCGAGGGAGAAGGGAUGGAAGACAAACCGACCAAUACUGAUGCUGACAGAGAAAAUGGAGAAUCAAAAAGAAAGGAUCAACUACAAAUUGAAGUAAAUGAGAAUACUGAAACCGUGGAAGUUGAGAUUUCAAACAAGAAUGCUGAUGAUUUCCAUGUUGCUGAUUCAUUAGUUGGACAACCAGUGGAAAAGGAAGACAGAAAGCAGUACGAGUUCUCCGAUGUUCAACCUGAAGAACAAGUCCAUGAAGCAAUUGGAGCAUCCAAGGAAAAGCAAGAAGAUGAUGGAGAUGUAUCUGAGGCAUGUCAAAGCAGAGAUAGCACAAAUCCAGAGCAUAUAUUCACAGAAGCAGCAGCAACCACAGAUUUGAAAUCAGAAACAAGUGAAAUGGAUAAGGAGAAUGUAAAAGAGGUUUAUCUCUUGGGCUCUGAAAAAUGUUCAGAGAGCAAUGAAGCUCUGGAGAACAAAGAAGAGGGGAUACAACGGGAGUUAGAAGAUUGUACUGCAGAGAAACCUGAAUCAAAGGAUGCCAUGGAGAACAUAGAAGAUAACUUGAAACAGGAAGAAACUAAAGAGGUUUGUGAAGGUCCAAAGUCCAUCAUAAAGGAAGAAUGUGCUAUUAUAGUUGACUCACCGAAAUCUAAUGAAGAAGAUGAAAAAGAAGAGACACCUGAAGUAGAGGUAUGUGAAAAGCAGGAAACAGACAACACAGUUGAGAAUGCUGAAAAACAAAUUCUGCAGGAAGACAAGGACCAGGCUACACUGCUGACAGAGACAAUGAAAGAGACAUCUAAAGAAGAGAAUACCACAGCAGUGACAUCCAUAGAAGAGAAAAUAGAGGAUGACAGUAAAGCUGAGAACAACUUUGAAGUUUCCACAUCAGCAACAGAUAAGGAGGACUCUUUGGAGAAAGAAAACAAGGAAAGAGAACCAGAAAUAGAGGUGUAUAAAGAAUCAGAAACGGCAGCUUCAGUCACCACAAAAGAAAAUCCAGACUUGGAGGAAUAUCCUAUAGCUGACAUCUCCAACUCAUCAAUUAGUAAUGAAAUUGCUGAGGAAAGCAUAAAGGAAGGUGAAAGCAGCCCAAUGAAGUUAACAGAAGAGGUUAGCAACUCAAACAUUGAGCAAACUGACUCUAUAGAGGAAACAACAAAGCCAAAUAAUGAUCCUAGUCUGUUUGAUGUAAAGGAGUCAAAAGAAGAAAUAACACCAAUUGAAGUCAAAGAAGACCUUGUCCAUAGUUCUUCGUUUGAGCUCGAGGAGUCCAAAAAGGACAGUGAAGAAAAAACUUCAGUAAAAGGAAGCAUCAAUACUGCUGAUUUGGACUCCACAUCAUGUGCAGAAGGAACAGAAGAAACGAACAUAAAGGAAGCUGAAGCAGAAGAGGAAAAGAAUGAAAGAAAGAAUGUUCUUUCUGUCGUAGAGGAUGACCUAGCAACGACUGAACAUGAAGGGAUUGGUGUAGAGAGUACUGACAUUGAUGUGAAACCACUGGACUCCUCCAUAACAUGCGAGAAGGACAUGAACAGUCUCCAAGAAGAAGAUGGAAUGCAGGAUAAAAUUCCAAAUGCAGGAAGUGAAGAUCAAAUGGAGAUGACCACGAAGGAGAUUCCCUCGAAAGAGAUAUUAGGAGAUGAAGAGAAGGAACCAUCUACCUCGCCUUCAGAAGAAUAUGAGGCCACACUCACUGUAGAGAAAAUAACUGAUGAAACUUCAGAAAAAGAUCAGGCUCCAUACGAGUGCUCAGAAACUCCUGUGUCACAAGCAACAGAUGAGAUAUUAAUGCAAAAUGAGGAUAAUCCCACAUUAGAUGUCCCUAAAGCAGAGGCUGAAGAUACUGGAAAGGAAAGCGGACAUGAAGUCAUGGAUCACAUGGCUCAGGAACCAAUUGUGCGUACAGAGAAGGAAUCUGGAAAAUGCAGCUCUGUGGCAGAAACCAACGUCUCUAAUGUGGAAGAACCUAGAGAACUAGAGAAUCAAACUGAUGCUUGUGAGGCAAAAACACUGCAAGAUGAACAAUCAUCAGAUUUAGGAUUGGAAAGAGAGAAAAUUGAAGAGGGAAAGUCAUUGGAUGAAGCCACAGAUUUGGGAGAAACCUCAUGCAAGGAUGGUGAAAAGGCUAUAGAAGAAAAAGAGAAUUUAGCUAAGAACUUGGAAAAACCAGAAAGCUUGAAGGAAGAUUCUGAAAUUGGAAAAGACGACACUGAACUCACAAGAGGAGCUCAUGAUCAGAUUCCUGAGGUGGUUAACGUGAAUGAUAAUGCAAAGAAUGCUGAGCUAGCACUAGAAGGUUUUGAAGAAAAGCCCAAAUCUGACUUUGAACCAGUGGCCGAAGACCAAAGUAAGGAAACAUUCCCUGAAACCAGCACUGAUGUUCAGAAUCAAGAAACUGAAAAACAGAUAAAAGAGGAACAGGAAGACAAACUGGAGAAUGAAGACUAUAUUAACAGAGAAGAAAAUGCAAACGAAGUUACCAAGGCUGUUAUUUUGUCUGAGGAGGUUGAUAAGGAGGUUGAGAAAGCUGAUGAUAGUAAAGACAUCAAACAAGAAGUCAUGGAGGAAGACGGUAGCGAAAAUGAACUUCAUCCAGUAUCAAAAGGAGAUGAAACAACUAAUGAGGUGGAAGUGGAAGCCUACAGUUCAGUCUCAACUGAAUGUCUCAAGGAAAACAAGGAACAGAUAGAAGCAGAAAAUUCAGAGGUUGAAGAACAUUCAACCAAUGACAGAGAAGCAUCCCAUGUCAUAAAAGAAUUAGAAGAAAGGAGAAAGGAUGAAGAGUCUGGAGACCCAGUAAGUGUGCACAGUGAAGAUAGAGAUGCAGAAGAAAAAAUUGAGGAGAUUAUUGAUGACUCAAAACUCAGUCAUGACGAGAGUCAUAUUGUAGCUGUGACAGAAGUAAAAGCAGAGACAAGCUUAAACAACGCUGAGGUGAAUGAGAAGAUUGUAAAUACAUCGAAUAUCAGCUCAGUCAAGGUGAGCCUAGAAACUAUUGAGAGUGAUGCUAAUCAAGAGACUAAAGAAGUAGAGAAUGUGCAGCUUGAAGAAAUAUCCUCUGACUUGGCAACCCAAGUCCCAACUAAAGACAAUGAUCAAGUGGAAAAGCAGAGUCUAACUGUGGAAAGUGUAGACAAGGAUGAAACUGACGAAAUAAAGAGAGAUCCUGAGGCAUUUUACAUGCCCAAUGAUCAGGCUGAAACUGAGAAAAGCCUAACAGUGGAAAAGGUGGACCAACUAAACAGUGAUCAUGAGCUUGCAGAGACAAAGAGUGAAGCCUCCAAAACUUCAAACAAAGAUGAACUGGGGAAAACUGAAUUAACUUCGGAUGGAGAUCAUGUUUCUGAAGACAAGGGCACAGAACAAGAUGCAGAAACCACAAAAAGCCUAACAGCAGAAGGACCGGAAGCCAACAAAGUUGAAGAAACCAAAGGAGAACCAGAAACAUCAUCCGUUUACAUGUCUCAGAGUGUUGAAACUAUUUUGAAAGAUGAUACUAGUUCCCCUAGUACUCUUCCAGAAGAGAAACUGGAGGAGCAACUUCAAACUUCUACCUGCACAUUGCCUUCAGAGGAGGAAGAGAUCAGAGCUGCACACACAAUUGAGAACAUUGAAGAAGAGAUACAGAAGGAUGCUGAAAUAAAACAUGAGAGUCUAGAAGAUUCUUCUGACACAAAGACAAUAGAAGAGGUAUGCUUGCCAAAUGAAGAACAACGAGAGCCCAAAACAGUCCCAGAAGAAGAAACUAUUGCUGACGAGGGUCUUCAAAAUGAUGAACCAGAGGAGCAGAUUGAAACUACAUCUUCUACAUUGCCUUCUGAGGAUGGAACUGGUGCCAUAGGUGAGGAGGUAGAAUUUGGUGAAACAAAGGAAGAAGUACCCACAAAGCUGGACGUCAUUACAGGAGAUGAAAAAACUGGUGAGCAGACUCUCUCGGCUAAUAAACCAGAGGGGACUGCAUGCUCUCCAUUGGUUUCAAAGGAAAAGGAGGAAGAAAAUAUAAGCAUGGUUGAGAAUAAAGAAGAAGAGAAAAUAAAUGAAGCGGACAUUCCAGACAAGAUCUCAGAAGAUUCUUCCAAUGCAAAGAAAAUGGCAGAGAUAUGCUUAGAAAAAGAAGAGUUUCAGGAGCUUGAAGUUGCUAAGAAAGAUGAAACUGCUGCUGCUCAAGCUCUCCAAGUGAAGGAGCCAAAUGAGCAGUCUUUCACUUCAGCAUUGCCUGCCGAGAACAUAGAGCAUGGAACUAAAUCCAAUAAGGAAGAAAAUCAGUGUGAGAAAACAGAUGAAGGAAACGAAAUCAUACCAAAAGAAGAGGCCAUUGAUGACAAGGAAGUUAGUGAAACAUCUUAUUCAACUUCCCAUUCGGAAGAGCUGACGAAAGAUGGCUCUGGAGAAGAUGAGCAAAAGGAUAAACUGGUUGAAGACAAGACAUAUGAAGAGCUCAAUGUGGAAGCUCAAAAGAUCAGUGAAAAUGAUACAACUGAAAAGCAGGUCAAAGAUAAAACUGUUGAGGAUCCAGGCGAAGCUUCAGCUGUCAGGAUUGAAACCACAACAGUAACAGAAGAGGAAUCAAGCGCUGAGCUAUCAGCCGCAGAAAACAGUCAAAUAAUUGAUGAUAUUCAGCAGCCAGAGGAAGCAACUAAAAUCGCAUCUGAUGAGCAGAUUCCAAGGGAAUUAGAUCCCCAAGAGAACACAGAGAUACAAAGUUCAAUUUCCAAGGAACUUGUUCCAAUCGGAUUGCAGGAUAGAGUUGCAGAAUCCUCACAGAAGUCUGAAGUUGGAGAUGAGCAUGGUGGAGGAAAAUCAGCAGUUAAUUCAGGUGAAGAAAUAACCGAGGAGUCUACAUCAGUGGAAGAUUUGACUAAGAUAUCAUCAUCUGACCACGUCGAAAGCUCCACAAAGGAAACUUUGCAAGUAACUCAAGACGUGAUUAAGAAGAGAGAAGCAACAGAUGAAACUAAUGCUUCUCAAAUUCUUCUAGAGGAGAAACCAGAGGAGCAAACUGAAAAACAGAUAAAAGAGGAACCGGAAGACAAACUGGAGGAUGAAGACCAUAUUAACAGAGACGAAAAUGCAAACGAGGUUACCAAGGCUGUCAUUUUGUCUGAAGAGAUUGAUAAGGAAGUUGAGAAAGCUGAUGAUAGUGAAGACAUCAAAGAACAUAUCAUGGAGGAAGAAAGUAGCACCAAUGAACUUCAUCCAGUAUCAAAAGGAAAUGAAACAACUAAUGAGGUGGAAGACUACAGUUCAGUCUCAACUGAAUGUCUCAAGGAAGCUGGCUCCAAGGAACAAAUAGAAGGAGAAAACUCAGAGGUUGAAGAACAUUCAACCAAUGACAGAGAAGCAUCCCAUGUCAUAAAAGAAUUAGAAGAAAGGACACAGGAUGAAGAGUCUGGAGACCCUGUAAGUGUGCAGAAUGAACAUACAGAAGCAGAAGAAAAAAUUGAGGAGAUUAUCGAUGACUCAAAACUGUGUCAUGACGAGAGUCAUAUUGAAGCUGUGACAGAAGUAAAAGCACAGACAAGCUUAAACGAUGCUGAGGUGAAUGAGGAGAUUGUAAAUACAUCGAAUAUCAACUCAGUCAAGGUGAGUCUAGAAACUAUUGAGAGUGAUGCUAAUCAAGAGACUAAAGAAUUAAAGAAUGUGCAGCUUGAAGAAAUAUCCUCUGACUUGACGCCCCAAGUCCCAACUAAUGACAAUGAUGAAGUGGAAAAGCAGAGUCUAAAUGUGGAAACUGUAGACAAGGAUGAAGCUGACGAAAUCAAGAGAGAUCCUGAGGCAUUUUACAUGCCCAACGAUCAGGCUGAAACUGAGAAAAGCCUAACAGUGGAAAAGUUGGACAAACUAAACCGUGAUCAUGAGCUUGUAGAGACAAAGAGUGAAGCCUCCAAAACUUCAAACAAAGAUGAAUUGGGGAAAAUUGAAUUAGCUUCAGAUGGAGAUCAUGUUUCUGAAGACAAGGGCACAGAACGAGAUGCAGAAACCACGAAAAGCCUAACAGCAGAAGAACUGGAAGCCAACAAAGUUGAAGAAACCAAAGGAGAACCAGAAACAUCAUAUGAUUACAUAUGUCAAAGAGUUGAAACUAUUUUGAAAGAUGAUAUUAGUUCCCCUAGUACACUUCCAGAAGAGAAAACAGAGGAGCAACUUCAAAUUUCUACCUGCACAUUGCCUUCUGAGGAGGAAGAGAUCAGAACUGCACACCCAAUUGAGAACAUUGAAGAAGAGAUACAGAAGGAUGCUGAAAUAAAACAUGAGAGUCUAGAAGAUUCUUCUGACACAAAGACAAUAGAAGAGGUUUGCUUGCCCAAUGAAGAACAAAGAGAGCCUAAAACAGUCUCAGGAGAAGAAACAAUUGCUGACCAUGGUCUUCAAAACGAAGAGCCAGAGGAGCAGAUUGAAACUACAUCUUCUACAUUGCCUUCUGAGGAAAGGGUGCCUUCUGAGGAAAGGGAGCAUGGAACUGGAGCCAUAGGUGAGGAGAUACAAUAUGGCGAAACAAAGGAAGAAGUACCCAAAAAGCUAGAUGUCAUUACUGGAGGUGAAAUAACUGGCGAGCAGACUCUUUUAGCUAAUAAACCAGAGGGGACUGCAUGCUCUCCGUUGGUUUCAAAGGAAAAGGAGGAAGAAAAUAUAAGCAUCGUUGAGAAGACAGAAGAGGAGAAAAUAAAUGAAGCAGACAUUCCAGACAGGAUUUCAGAAGAUUCUUCUGAAGCAAAGAAAACGGCAGAGAUAUACUCGGAAAAAGAAGAGUUUCAGGAGCUUGAGGAUGCUACGAAAGAUGAAACUGCUUCUGCUCAAGCUCUCCAAGUGGAGGAACCAAAUGAGCAAUCUUUGACUUCAGCAUUGCCUGCUGAGAACAUAAAGCAUGGAGCUACAGCCGAUGAGGAAGAAAAUCAGUGUGAGAAAACAAAUGAAGGAAAUGAAAUCAUACUGAAUGAAGCCUCAAAAGAAGAGGUCAUUGAUGACAAGGAAGUUACUGAGACAUCUUAUUCAACGAAAGAUGGCUCUGAAAAAGAUAAGCAAAAGGAUAAGCUGGUUGAAGACAAGACAUAUGAAGAGCUCAAUGUCGAAGCUCAAAAGACCGGUGGAAAUAAUAUAAUUGAAAAGCAGGUUGAAGAUAAAACUGUUGAGGAUCCAGGCCAAGCUUCAGUUGCCUGGAUUGAAACCACAACAGUAACAGAAGAGGAAUCAAGCACAGAACUAUCAGCCGUAGAAGGCAAUCAAAUAAUUGAUGAUAUUCAGCAGCCAGAGGAAACAACUAAAAUAGCAUCUGUUGAGCAGAUUCCAAGGGAAUUAGAUCCCAAAGAGAACACAGAGAUACAAAGUUCGAUUGCCGAGGAACUUGUUCCAAUAGAUUUGCAGGAUAGAGUUGCAGAAUCCUCACAGAAGUCAGAAGUUGGAGAUGAACAUGGCAGAGAAAAAACAGCAGUUAAUUCAGGCGAAGAAAUAACCAAUGAGUCUAUAUCAGUGGAAGAUUCGACUAAGAUAUCAUCAUCUGACCAAGUCAAAAUCUCCACAAAGGAAACUUUGCAAGUAACUCAAGACGUGAUUGAGGAGAGAGAAGCAACAGAUGAAACUAAUGCUUCUCAAAUUCGUCUAGUGGAGAAACCAGUGGAGCAAACUGAAAAACAGAUAAAAGAGGAACCGGAAGACAAACUGGAGGAUGAAGACCAUAUUAACAGAGACGAAAACGCAAAUGUGGUUACCAAGGCUGUCAUUUUGUCUGAGGAGAUAGACAAGGAAGUUGAGAAAGCUGAUGAUAGUGAAGACAUCAAAGAACAUAUCAUGGAGGAAGAAAGUAGCAUAAAUGAACUUCAUCCACAAUCAAAAGGAAAUGAAACAACCAAUGAGGUGGAAGACAACAGUUCAGUCUCAACUGAAUGUCUCAAGGAAGCAGACUCCAAGGAACAGAUAGAAGCAGGAAACAAAGAGCUUGAAGAACAUUCAACCAAUGACAGAGAAGCAUCCCACGUCAUAAAAGAAUUAGAAGAACGGACACAGGAUGAAGAGCCUGGAGACCCUGUCAAUGUGCAGGGUGAAGAUAGAGAAGCAGAAGAAAAAAUUGAGGAGAUAAGCGAUGACUCAAAACUGUGUCAUGACAAGAGUCAUAUUGAAGCUGUGACAGAAGUAAGAGCAGAGACAAGCUUAAACGACACACAGGGGAAUGAGGAGAUUGUAAAUACAUCUAAUACCAACUCAGUCAAGGUGAGUCUAGAAUCUAUUGAGAGUGAUGCUGACAAAGAGACUAGAGAAGUAGAAAAUGUUCAUCUUGAAGAAAUAUCCUCUAACUUGGCACACCAUGUCCCAACUAAUGACAAUGAUGAAGUGGAAAAGCAGAGCCUAAAUAUGGAAACUGUAGACAAGGAUGAAGCUGAUGAAAUCAAGAGAGAUCCUGAGGCAUUUUACAUGCCUAAUGAUCAGGUUGAAACUGAAAAAAGCAUAACAGCAGAUGAAGAUCAUGUUUCUGGUGACAAGGGCGCAGAACAAGACGCAGAAACCACAAACAGCCUAACAGCAGAAGAACUGGAAGCCAACAAAGUUGAAGAAACCAAAGGAGAACCAGAAACAUCAUCUUAUUACAUAUCUCAAAGAGUUGAAAAUAUUUUGAAAGAUGAUAUUAGUUCCCCUAGCACUCUUCCAGAAGAGCAACCGGCGGAGCAACUUCAAACUUCUGCCUGCACAUUGCCUUCUCAGGAUGAAGAGGUCAGAACUGCACACCCAAUUGAGAAGAUUGAAGAAGAGAUACAGAAGAAUGAUGAAGUAAAACAUGAGAGUCUAGAAUAUUCUUCUGACACAAAGACAAUAGAAGAGGUAUGCUUGCCCAAUGAAGACCAAAGCGAGCCUAAUACAGUCUCAGAAGAAGAAACUAUUGCUGACCAGGGUCUUCAAAACGAUGAACCAGAGGAGCAGAUUGAAACUGCAUCUUCUGUAUCACCUUCCGAGGAAAGGGAGCAUGGAACUGGAGCCAUAGGUGAGGAGAUGCAAUAUGACGAAACAAAGAAAGAAGUACCCACAAAGCUAGAUGUCAUUAGAGGAGAUGAAAUAACUGGUGAGCAGACUCUCUCAGCUAAUGAACCAGAGGGGACUGCAUGCUCUCCAUUGGUUUCCAAGGAAAAGGAGGAAGAAAAUAUAAGCAUGGUUCAGAAGACAGAAGAAGAGAAAAUAAAUGAAGCAGACAUUCUGAACAAGAUUUCAGAAGAUACUUCCGAUGCAAAGAAAAUGGCAGAGAUAUACUCAGAAAAAGAAGAGUUUCAAAAGCUUGCAGAUGAUAAGAAAGAUGAAACUGCUUCUGCUCAAGCUCUCCAAGUAGAGGAACCAAAUGAGCAGUCUUUAACUUCAGCAUUGCCUGCUGAGAACAUAAAGCAUGGAACAGCAGCCGAUGAGGAAGAAAAUCAGUGUGAGAAAACAAAUGAAGGAAAUGAAAUCAUACUGAAUGAAGUUUCAAAAGAAGAGGUCAUUGAUGACAAGGAAGUUACCGAAACAUCUUAUUCAACUUCACAUUUGGAAGAGCUGACGAAAGAUGGCUCUAGAGAAGAUAAGCAAAAGGAUAAACUGGUUGAAGACAAGACAAAUGAAGAGCUCAAUUUGGAAGCUCAAAAGACCAGCGGAAAUGAAAUAAUUGAAAAGCAAAUUGAAGAUAAAACUGUUGAGGAUCCAGGCCAAGGUUCAGUUGCCAGGAUUGAAACCACAACAGUAACAGAAGAGGAAUCAAGCACAGAACUAUCAGCCGCAGAAGGCAAUCAAAUAAUUGAUGAUAUUCAGCAGCCAGAGCAAGCAACUAAAAUAGCAUCCGAUGAGCAGAUUCCAAGGGAAUUAGAUCCCAAAGAGAACAAAGAGAUACAAAGUUUGAUUGCCAAGGAACUUGUUCCAAUAGAUUUGCAAGACAGAGUUUCAGAAUCCUCACAGAAGUCUGAAGUUGGAGAUGUCAAAGAGAUCUAUCCAGAAGUAGUUGAACAUGGUGCAGAAAAACCGGCAGUUAAUUCAGGUGAAGAAAUAACUGAAGAGCCUACAUCAGUGGAAGCUUCAACUAAGAUAUCAUCAUCUGACCAUGUCGAAAGCUCCACAAAGGAAACUUUGCAAGUAACUCAAGACAUGAUUGAGGAGAGAGGAGCAACAGAUGAAACUAAUGCUUCUCAAAUUCUUCUAGUGGAGAAACCAGUGGAGCAAACUGAAAAACAGAUAAAAGAGGAACUGGAAGACAAACUGGAGGAUGAAGACCAUAGUAACAGAGAAGAAAAUGCAAACGAGGUUACCAAGGCUGUCAUUUUGUCUGAAGAGAUUGAUAAGGAAGUUGAGAAAGCUGAUGAUAGUGAAGACAUCAAAGAACAUGUCAUGGAGGAAGAAAGUAGCUCAAAUGAAUUUCAUCCAGUUUCAAAAGGAAAUGAAACAACUAAUAAGGUGGAAGACUACAGUUCAGUCUCAACUGAAUGUCUCAAGGAAGCAGGCUCCAAGGAACAGAUAGAAGCAGAAAAGUCAGAGGCUGAAGAACAUUCAACCAAUGACGGAGAAGCAUCCCACGUCAUAAAAGAAUUAGAAGAAAGGACACAGGAUGAAAAGCCUGGCGACCCUGUAAGUGUGCGGGAUGAAGAUAGAGAAGCAGAAGAAAAAAUUGAGGAGUUUAUCGAUGAGUCAAAACUCUGUGAUGACGAGAGUCAUAUUGAAGCUGUGACAGAAGUAAUAGCAGAGACAAGCUUAAAUGACACUGAGGUGAAUGGGGAGCUUGUAAGUACAUCGCAUAUCAGCUCAGUCCACGUGAGUCCAGAAACUAUUAAGAGUGAUGCUAAUCAAGUGACUAGAGUAGAGAAUUUGCAGCUUGAAGAAAUAUCCUCUGACUUGGCACCGCAAGUCCCACCUAAGGAUAGUGAUGAAGCGGAAAAGCAGACUCUAAAUAUGGAAACUGUAGACAAGGAUGAAGCUGACGUAAUCAAGAGAGAUCCUGAGGCAUUUUACAUGCCCAAAGAUCAGAUUGAUGAAGCUGAGAAAAGCCUAACAGUGGAAAAGUUGGACCAAGUAAACAGUGAUCUUGAGCUUGUAGAGACAAAGAGUGAAGCCUCCAAAACUUCAAAUGCAUAUGAACUGGGGAAAAUUGAAUUAGCUUCAGAUGGAAAUCAUGUUUCUGAAGAUAAGGAAGAAGAAGAAAAAGUGAAGGAAGGGGAAAUGUUAGAAAAGGAAGGAUCACAGGAGCCUGAAACUGUUGUGGAUCAAGAAACUACUGUUGCUCAGGCUUCAAUAACAGAGGAAUCAGUGGAGAUUGAAACAAUAGGCACUGUUGAGAAGCUAGAGGAAGAGAAAAGGAAAGAAGCAGAAAAGCUUGAAGAUGAGAAUUGUGAAGAUUCAUCAGCUAGAGAAACAGAAGAGAUAUGCUUGCAAAAGGAAGAGCCAAAUGAGCUUCAUGCAGUUCCAAAAGAAGAAAUUACUUCUGGUCAGACUUUAUCAGAAGAGCACCUACAUAUUUCAGCCUCCGCUUUAACUAGUCAAGAACAAGAGCAUGAAACCAAGGAGACAGAAGAUGAGAAAACAAAUGAAGGGGAAAUCAUAAAAGACGAGAUUGGAGAAGAUGCUUCAGAUGCACGGACAACAGUGGAGAUAUGCUCACAAAAGGAAAGGCCCGUCGAGCUAGAGGCUGUUGUGGAAGAUGAAAUGACUGCUGGUCACACUCUCACCGAAAAGAAAUCAGAAGAACAAGUUCAGAAUCCAACCUCUGCACUGCCUUCAAAGGAAGAGGAAUGUGGAAGUACAGGUACAACUGAGAAGAUAGAAAGUGCGAAAACAGAGGAAGCAGAAUUCUUAGAAAUUGAUAAUGGAGGAGAUACAUCCUUGCAAAAGGAACGGCUUCAGGAGGAUGAAGCUCUUGCAGUAGAUGACACUGCUUCUGCUCAAACUAUCCCAGCAGAGAAACCAGAGGAGCAAAUUCCAAAUCCUGUUGUUACAUUGCCAUCAAAGGAACAUAAGCACGAAACCAUCAGCGAAGUUGACAAGACUGAAGAGGAGAAAGUAAAGGAAGAAGAGAUGCAAAAUGGAGACUCUGAUGGAGGAAAGACAGUAGAAGAGAUAAGCUUAGAAAAAAAUGAGACAAGGGAGCCCCAAGCUGUGUUGGAAGGUGAAACUAAUUCUAGUCAGGUUAUAGCAGCGGAAUCACAGGAGCAUGGAACUGUAAGAGAAGAAGAGAAAAUAAAAGAAGCAGAAACACAGGAAGAUGACAAAACCCAACAAUCAGAAUGCACAAGAGAGCUUCAAGGUGCCUUAGAAGAUGGAGCAACUGCUGCUUUUACUCUGCCAGGUGAGAAGCCAGAAGAUCACCUUCAUAUUACAACCUCUACAUUGCCUUCUGAGGUCCAAGGAGAUGAAACCAAGGAAACAGAAUUGCAAGAAGCUGAGAGUCCAGAGAAGAUUCCAGAACAAACAAGAGAGAUUGAGGAAGCCCCAAAUUUCAACGGAGAGACACAUGAAAGGGCUUUUGACAAUGAAUUACUCGCUGAAAUAGAAGACGCUGCAAUUAACGAGAAAAUUGUCAAAGCAACAGAUGAGAUAGGGGGUGAAGAAAAUCAGUGUGAGAAAACAAAUGAAGGAAAUGACAUCUUACAGAAUGAAGUUGUAAAAGAAGAGGUCAUGGAAGACAAGGAAGUUACUGAAACAUCUUAUUCAACGUCCCAUUCAGAAGAGCUGACGAAAGAUGGCUCUGGAAAAGAUGAGCUAAAGGAUAAACUGAUUGAAGACGAGACAUAUGAAGAGCAAAAAGCGGAAGCUCAAAAGGCCAGUGAAGAUGAGAUAAUUGAAACGAAGAUCAAAGAUAAAACUGUUGACGAUCCAGGCCAAGCCUCGGUUGCGGGGAUUGAAACCACAACAGUGACACAACAGGUAUCAAGCAUAGAAUUAUCAGCUGCAGAAGGCAAUCCAAUAUUUGAUGAUAUUCAGCAGCUAGAGGAAACAACUAAUAUAGCAUCUGAUGAGCAGAUUCCAAGGGAACUAGAUCCCACUGGGAACACAGAGAUAACAAGUUCAAUUGCCAAGGACCAUGUUCCAAUAGAUUUGCAGGACAGAGUUGCAGAAUCCUCACAGAAGGCUGAAGUUGGAGAUGUCAAAGAGAUUUAUCCAGAAGAAGUUGAAGAUGAUGGAGAAAAAACAGCAGAUAAUUCAGGUGAAGAUAUAACCGAGGAGUCUACAUCAGUGGAAGAUUUGACUAAGAUAUCAUCAUCUGACCACGUUGAAAGCUCCACAAAGGGAGCUUUGCCAGUGACUCAAGAGAUUCUAGAGGACAGAGAAGCAAAAGAUGAAACUAAUGCUUCUCAAAUUCUUCUAGUGGAGGAGAAACCAAAGGAGCAAUCUCCAGCUCCAUCAUCCAAAGUGCCUUCCACAGAAGGAGAGCAUGGAGUUACAACUCAAGUCGAUUUAGCAGAAGAAAAGGAACUGAAGGAAGUGGAAACUCUAGAUAAAGAUUCUUCUAAUACAAAGAAAGGAGGUGAGACAUGCUUGGAAAAGGAAGAAAACAAGGAGCUAAAAGCUGUUGGGGGGCAAGAAACAAUUGCUGAAGAUGCUAAGAAAGAAGAAACUAUAGUGAAAGAUAAUAUUGGUUCCCCUAAAACUCUUCCGGAAGAGAAGCUGGAGGAGCAACUUCAAACUUCUGCCGACACAUUGCCUUCUGAGGAUGAAGAGGUCAGAACUGCACACCCAAUUGAGAAGAUUGAAGAAGAGAUACAGAAGGAUGCUGAAAUAAAACAUGAGAGUCUAGAGGAUUCUUCUGACACAAAGACAAUUGAAGAGGUAUGCGUGCCAAAUGAAGAACAAAGAGAGGCUAAAGCAGUCUCAGAAGGAGAAACUAUUGCUUGACCAGGGUCUUCAGAACGAUGAACCAGAGGAGCAAAUUCAAACUACAUCUUCUACAUUGCCUUCUGAGGAAAGGGAGCAGGGAACUGGAGCCAUAAGUGAGGAGA